AUGUCCUUAAUAUCUUCGUCUCAAACCGCUAAUAUGGGGUCUACCCAGACCUCCUCUGGGCUAACUACUGAAAGCAAGACGAUCAAAGUGUCCACUUUGACAAAGUCAUUGCAUUCUUCUCAAAUGCAUCGCUCAGCUCCGGAAGCAUCUCGCUCGAUUUCUGAUGAUGUCCAAAAGCUCAAAAGCAUAUAUUCCACUUAUCAGCGCCGUGGACAGCCUUUGAGCAAAGAGGCCAUAUUCCAUGCGAAACAAAAGUAUGGCAUUUUGAACACCCCAGCCAAUUAUAAAACACUCGGAUUAGGGGAUUUUGGCAGUGAAUCAGCAGACUUGGCAGCCCGUUUAGCCAAUAAGAAAACAGAAAGCUUAACUAAUGACUCUGCUGGGUCCACAAUCGAACAAAAAGCUCAGAAAGAGGCUUACAAAAUAACCUUUUCGAAGAUUCCUUUAACACCACCUGAAGAGGUUCCCAUGAAGGUUAAUUUGGGUUUGAAGGGUAAGCGGGACCUCUUAACAAGGACAGCCGCACAAAAGGCAUUGGCUUCUAGUUUUUCAUCAGAUGAUUCCACAAUUGCUGUAUCUAACAGUUCCGGCGUAAAUAAAAGCAAGUCUCGUGGCUUUACUGUUGGCAGUGAAUUCGACGUGGGCGCUGUCAAUCCGCACCACCCUGCAGGUUUCAAAUCCUUAGAUUUGUCCAAGGUAUUGGAUGGAGCUGAAAGAAGAGCAAUUGGUAGAGUUAAUAGUAGAUUGUAUCCGCAAAAGUUAAACUUUCAAAACGGACUACAAACUGGCAAAGAGAGCGGCUUAUCUGAGGCUAAUAAAGAAGUUUUCAAGAAGGGAACAUUGGAAAAGGUUGAGCGUUCCGCCGAACAAUUUUUAGAGUCUCAACCCAGUAUUGACAGGCAAAGGCUAAACGAUCGUCAAUAUAUGUAUGCAAAGAGCGCGGCUGAUGCAGUAAAAGACCUUGAUCCAAAAGCAUUGGAAGACCCGAACUUUGCUGCAAAAGAGCUGCAAAAGAAGAUGUACUUAAAGCAGGUAUCAUCUCCGGUUGUACUGCACGAAGCUCAGAAGCUUGCAAACAAGAAAUUGCAGGAUAUUGACUCAAGUAAUACUUAUAUGCUUCUAUUUGGCAACCAAGCUUACAAUAAGCUUGCUGUUAAGAUUGCUUUAGAGCACUACUCCACUAAUCAAAGGCAAAAGAAGAAAAUUUACUUAGGUGGCGGUUUGUGGACAACCCCAGAAGAAGUAGAUACUGUGGCCAGGAACUUGAUAUCGCCAUUGGUAAACGAGAUUGACGAACGGGCUAGGAGACAGCGCGAUGUUGAUAAGGAUAUUGAAAGGAGGAGAAGAGUUCUAGAUCAGGAGUAUGAGGACUGGAAUUACAUGGAACGUGCGAAAGACCAAAAUGACAGGCAGGUGUUGUUAGCUGUGGCAUCGAAACAAGAACAGGAAAAGGUAACUAACACAGCUGAGAGGGGGCAAAACUACGAUUUGUUUGUACUGAACGAGAAUAGCAGAGUACAGCAGAAGGAGAGAGAACUUCAGACUGCCAAGCAAAAUCGCGAAAAUUUGAGGAUUGAGUUGCAGGAAAUACUGUCCAAGAAUCUGUCUGCAGAAAAAGACGAUCUGACAGGUUGGAACGAAUCCUGCGAAAGAGAUCUUAAGAAUACGAGCAUCGAACAAGCUCAGGUCUUUAAAUCAAAUGCGAAUGAUUUGAGAGUCUCGGAAAAAGAAUAUGACGAUCUUGUUGGCGAGCGCAAUGAAAUACAGAGAGAAAUAAAGAAGCUGGACGCUUCUAUUGCGGAGCACAGAAUCGUAAUUCGUCGGUUUGAGGAAAAAUUCAGUACUGGAGGAGAUUUAACAGCUAAACAAUAUCAGAAUGUUCGUGAUCGAGACUACCUCUUGGAUGCUACUUUGAAUGACCCCGUUGUUUUUUCUGCAGAAAAGGCAAAAGAAGAAGCUGAAUUGGCCACAGAAGAGGUUACAUUCAGCCAAUUGCAAAUUAAUCAAAUGGCUGCUAACAGGAAAAUUAGACUACAUGAGUACGAAAGGCAACUAAGAAAGGGGAAGGAAGCAGCUGUAAUAUCCGGGAAUAAUACCACAGGUAAAGGAAAGCUAACUAAUGAUCCUAAUGUUUGUCAAGGUGAUGAGAUGUACCCAUCUGCUACUAAUGAAAUAUCAGGUCAUAUAGGUGAAAAGGCGUCCCCAAAAGCCACUAUUAAAAGCCGUUUCCUCUCUACAUAUAAUACAGGUAAAGAUGUAGACAGUUCUGCUAGUGCCAGGUCGGUCACUGGUGUUAGUGGUGUUUUGGACGAAAAGUCUGAAAUUCCAAAUAAGGAAACAGUUCUACCUGGAAAUGGGGCGAGGCCAGACAAUGCACGCAAAGCACCAGAUGAGAUCUAUGAAAACCCCAUAUUAGCCAAGAACGAUAAGCCCUUAAGGCCUGCUGCAGAUGCAGGAGGAUCCAUAACAAUCGAGCAAUUCUUAUUCAAUAAGAAAGCUCAAAAAAAAGAUCUAUCUGGGACGAAAUCUGCAACUAUAAAGAGCGACUCUGUGUUAAACCAGAUGGGAUCAGAAAAUGAAGAUGAACUCGCGCAUCGUGCCGACAGAGGCCGUCGAUCUUUCAGUGGUUUCUCUCAAGGUUCAACCGAAAAUGAUUAUAGUAAUGAAGUGACAGACGAUCAAGAUGAAUCAGACAUUAAAGUUCGUGACUCCAACGAUUCUAAUACGUCUCGUAAAGAAAGUUUUUUCAAAGAGAUUAUUUAA